AUGUCUUCUUAUGAUAUAGUCAUUAUUGGAGCUGGUUGCACUGGUGCUUGUUGUGCAAUGGAAUUGUCUAAAUACAAGAACCUUAAGAUUGCCUUGUUAGAAAAGGCUAGAGAUGUUUCUACUGGAGCUACUUCUGCUAAUUCUGGUAUUGUUCAUUGUGGUAUUGAUACUACAUUAGAAACAUUGAAAGGAAGACUUGUAGUAAGAGGAAAUACUCUUAUCCAUGAACUUCAACCAAAACUUAACUUUGGUCUUACUACUUGUGGAGAGUUGAUGGUUGCUAAAACUGAUGAAGAAAUACCCAAUUUAAAUAAAUAUAUGGAAAUUGCUAAAACUAAAAAUGUUCCAGUUGAGUUAUGGGAUUAUGAAAAAAUUCAUAAAGAAGAACCAAAUCUCAGUGAAAAUAUCAAGAAAGCUAUUUAUUGUCCAACUACUUCUGUUCUUGAUCCUUAUGAAUUUACUAUUGCUACUUGUCUUACUGCUAAGGCUAAUGGUGUUCAUAUCUAUACAUCUACUACUGUUAAUGGAAUUAAGAAGAUUGAUAAUGGAUAUGAAGUUGUUUGUGAAAAUGGAAAGAAGUUUAUUGCUAAAGUUUUAUUAAAUUGUGCUGGUGUUUUUGCUUCACAAGUCUCAGAAAUGUUAUAUCCAGCUGAUUUCCAUAUUACAGCAAGAAAAGGAGAAGAAUAUUUGUUAGAUAGAAAGUUACAAGGAAUGGUUAAACAUGUUAUUUUCCCAUGUCCAACAGGAGUAACAAAAGGUACUCUUAUUAUUCCAACAGUUGAUGGUACUAUCAUGGUUGGACCAAACGCUGAUAUUCAAGACUCUUACACUGAUGCAACAACAACCAGUGAAGGAUUAAAAAAAGUAUUUGACCUUGCAAAAUUACUUGUUCCAACAAUUAAUAAUAUGGAUGUCAUUUCUGCAUUUGCUGGAUUAAGACCUGCAAUUAUUGAACAUAAUGAUUUUGUUAUUAGAGAGAAUGAGAAAUUCCCAUGCUUCAUUGAAGUUGUUGGUAUUCAAUCACCAGGACUUACUGCAUCACCAGCUAUUGCUGAAUAUACUAAAAAUAUCUUUAUUGAAGCUGUUAAAAAGUCACAUCCAGAGAUUGUAUUAGAAGAGAAGAGUGAUUUCAAAUAUGUACCAUUAAGUAAGAAAUUCAGAAAUAUGAAUGAUUCUGAAAGAGCUGAAGCUGCUAAAAAAGAUGCAGCAUAUUCUAAAAUUGUUUGUGUCUGUGAAAAAGUUACAGAAGGAGAUGUCAAUGCUGCUAUUGAUGAAGGUGCUAGAACUGUAGAUGCAAUUAAAUUAAGAACAAGAGCUGGUAUGGGAAGAUGCCAAGGAUCAUAUUGUACUCCAAGAGUCAUGGAAAUUCUUUCAAAACGAUUGAAUAUUCCAAUGACUGCUGUUGCAAAGAAUUAUCCAGGAUCAGAAAUAGCACCAUACAUUGCUGGUGGAGAAGAAAAGAAACUUACAGAAGAAUAUCCAUCAUGGGAAACAAUCCCAAACCCACAUAUUACCAAACCAUGUAAUGGUGAAACUAUUGAACGAAAAGAAUUUGAUAUUGUAGUAGUUGGAGGUGGACCAUCUGGACUUGCAGCAGCCAAAGCAGCACUUGAAACAAAGAAAGAUCUUAAGGUUGCUGUUAUUGAACGUAUGGAAAGAGUUGGAGGGGUUUUAUUACAAUGCAUUCAUUCGGGAUUUGGACUUGGAAGAUACGGAGAAGAAUUGACAGGACCAGAAUAUGCAUAUAGACUUGGUGAAGAAACAGAAGCUGCAGGAGCAGUACUUAUGGUAAAUACAUAUGUUACUGAUGUUGAAAAUAAAGGAGAAGAAUAUGUUGUUAAAGCAGUUGUUUAUGGAACAGCACCAGUUGAAAUUCAUGCUAAGAAAUGUAUCUUUACAGUUGGAUGUCGUGAAAGAUCAAGAUUUGGUAUUAAAGUAGCAGGUACUCGAUGUGCAGGUGUUAUGACAGCAGGACUUGCACAAGCAUUAGUUAAUUAUAAAGGAAUUCUUCCAGGAAAGAAAGUUGUAAUUCAAGGAUCUGGAGAUAUUGGAUUGAUUAUGGCAAGAAGAAUGGCUCUUGAAGGAGCUAAAGUACUUGGAGUAUAUGAAAUUCUUCCAAAAAUAUCAGGUUUACAAAGAAAUGUAGUACAAUGUUGUAAAGAUUUUAAUAUUCCAAUUCAUUUGUCAGAAGUUGUUACUAGAAUUAAUGGAUAUCCACGUAUUACAUCAGUGAUAAUGACAAAAUGUGAUCCAAAGACACUUGCACCAAUUGCAGGAACAGAAUAUGAAAUUGAGUGUGAUUGUCUCUUAUUAUCUGUUGGACUUAUUCCACUGCCAGAUUUAACUCAACAAGCUGGACAUAAUGUACAAUUAAAUCCAAGAACUAGAGGACCAAUUGUUGAUGGAUUUAGAUGUGUUGAAAAAGGAAUUUAUGCAGCUGGUAAUCAAUUACAUGUACAUGAUCUUGCAGAUGAAGCAUCUAAUGAAGGAGCUAUUGCAGGAGAAGCUGCAGCACUUUCAUUAGGAGGAGAAAAAGAAGCAAUUAAAGUUAUUCCAGCACCAGAACUUCUUUAUUGUGUACCAGAAAGAGUAGUUAUUAGUGAUAAGAAACAAAAAUUAUCAUUUAGAUUUAGACAAGAUUUUGGAAGUGCACAUGUUAUAGCAAAAAUAGGAGAAACUAUUAUUGGAGAAGAAGAAAUUGAACAUGCUAUUCCAGCAGAAAUGGGACAUGUUUGGGUAAUUCCUAAAGAUUGUCAAAUUGGACAAGAAGUUACACUUACAGUUAUUCCUAAAGCACAUGAAGAAGUAACAGAACAAAAAGAAGGAGAAAUAGUAAAACAUAUGAAUUGUAUUGUAUGUCCAAGAGGAUGUCCAAUUGAAGUUAAGAUUGAUGCUAAAUCAAAUGAAAUUACAUCAAUUAAAGGAAAUUCAUGCCCAAGAGGAGCUGCUUAUGUUAGACAAGAACAUAUAGAACCAUUUAGAGUAUUUUCAACAACUCUUCCAGUAGAAGGAGGAAAUUUGAUAAGAGUACCAGUUAAAUUAACCAAACCAGUACCACGAUCAAAGAUAUUUGAAGUAAUGGAAAUUAUUCAUAAACAAUCACCAAUUAAAGCACCAAUCAAUAAAGGACAAGUGUUAGUAAAAAUACCAAAAAUGACAGAUAUUGUUGCAUGUUAUCCAGUUGUUGCUUUAGAAGAAUAA